AUGGUUGACCAGCGCAGAUCACAGGCAUCAGUGCAGCAACCAAAGUAUGACACGUAUGCCAAGCCUGUGCUGCUGUCCCAACCGGAGAAGCAGAGGACAAGCAUCCACGUGAGCAGUGAAAGCCCUGACAGCGCAGCUGCAGAGGACCAUGGAGCUCGCAAGGUUACUCCUGGCAAGCUGGAUCUUAGCAAGCUCCGCAGCCUCUCGCAAGGGGACAUCAAAGCCACCCCUGAUCCUGCAGGCGCCCUGCGCGCUCCAAGGAAGACACCACCGGAUCCAAGCUCAGGCUCUGGCGCAGACGUGGACAAUGCAGGGAAGGAGAACCUGCUCAGCCCUGGGCGGCUAGUAAACUUGCCGAAUGGCACUCCUCUGAGCCGGCAUCCCUCAGAUGCGCUCAGCCGCAAGGCGUCGCCCAAGGCACUUCUGGAUGGCGACGGUGGCGCUUCUCAGGGCCAGAUCACCAUUGUGGCAGAGGCAUGCCCCUUCCGAGCACUCGAAGCAUCUUAUGCCCUUCACUUCAUCACAAUAGCGGUCGCGCAGUACGAGCAGAAGAUCCUGCAGGGGCAGCGGCUGCGCAAGGGCCGCUUCAGCGGUGCAUCAACCCCAGACGUCUCCCGCCACAACAGUGUGUGCUCCUCAGAGCACGCCACCCCUCGAGAGACCCCCCAGCAGCCCAGCGGCGUUUCUUUCACCGCCGCCGAGCCUCGCAGCAAUGGGAGCGCCCCUCGGAGCAGCGUUGCGCCGGAAGCCGGCACUGCGGUGGAGGCUAGCGGGCCGGUGUCAGGCCGGCAGUCACCGGCUUUGCAACCUGAGGUGCUGCCACAGCGGACAGAAGUUGAGGACGCUCUACAGGGCAGCGCUAUUGCUGCCAAGCCGGAAGGUGGAGCAAUUGCAGAGACCAGCACUAUCGCUGAUGUGCGCAGCAUUUCUGAGGAAGCACCGGCCCUAGACGAGGAUGGUAGCUGUCUAGAUGGUGGGGGGGCCCCGGUGUCAGCUGCCGAGCAGUCGCAGGAUGCAGACCUUGACAGGGACAGCGGCUCCGCCGCUGCGCCCAGCCCCGCUGCCAGCGCAGGGGCCGCCGCGGAACCAAUGCAUGCAGCUGACAGCCACAGUGCACCUUGCGAGGACGUGCAUGUGCUGCCGGUGAGCACCUGCGCAUCCCCGGGUCCCGCAGCAGAGCCCGAGCCGAGGCGCAGACCGCAUGCGGGCGCUGCCGUGGCCGGGGAUCCGGCCGGCCCGGCCGCUAUUCCGCCAGCCAUAGCCGAGAGUGCCAGCAAGGCGGCUGCGAGCAGCCAAGGUGCAGCCGAGGCUGGACAGGCUGUGGACAGUGCAGACAGCAGUGGGAGCACGGCAUUAAGGGAACAGGCAACGCCGUCAAGUGCACAAACGGGGCGGGAGGUCGAUUCAAAUUCGAAUCUCAGCGCGGAGAGCGUGCGGGAGCCGGAGUGGGUGGCAGCGUUCCGGAGAAUUGUGUCUCUCGCUGUCAACACGCCGCUCUCACAGGAGCCGGCGCCGAUUGCGCGCAGCGUAGCCUCCUCUGACACAGCGCGGCAAAUCGACGCCGUUCCCGGUCCCUCAGAACCGGCGCUGAGCCCCUCUUCUGAGGUUGGCGGGUCGGCGGACGCGCGGCGAAGCGGUGGCGAUGGCCUUUUCAGUCGCGGAGGCAUCGGCGGCGGCAGGAAUCUGGACACCGCGUUUGAGAGCGCGCUAACCGACGGCCGUCGGAAGCGGCUGCGCGCGGAUGCCAGUGCACAUGGUUCGGGUUCGGUGGUGCGGGCAGCGGCAGCGGUGCAGCGGGCAGCGGAGAGGGCAACGCUGGACAGGAAUGACUACUCGGGGGCGCGCAUCAGCCAGGAAGCUUCCUCCGUUCUGUCUCCCGGGGCGAUAGCGCUCGUCAAUGGGAGGACCGCGCACUCCCCGGCAGAAGUGCAGGCUCAGCUCUCAGAUGUGGUGCACCAGCUGCGCUUCUGCCUGGCCAGCAUGAGCGAGCAGCAGAGGCCGCUCCUGCACGCCACAGAUAUCCUGCAGGCUGCCAAGGUGCCGCGGAGGGACCUGGCGGAAGCCGCGGAGAAGCUGAAGGAAGCCGAGCGGCUGCGGCGAUGGUCCGAAGUCGCGCAGAGCGAAAACAUCGCCCGCCUCCUAGGGAUACUGGGGGAGAUGCAGGCAGUGCAGCAAGCACGCGCAGAAGAGGUGCACUUCAGCGCUCCUGUCUGGCUGAAGCUUCUGGACAGCAGCCCCCCACAGAAUGACUCCGGCCGCCUCCGGCGCUGCUGAGCGCUGCUACACUGCACCUGCAACGCAGUGCAUUGCAUCAGCAGCGCUUGCUGAGGAAUCGGGAUCCCACUGCUGUGCACAUAGUGGAGGGAGCUGUGGAGGCUGAAGCCUCUCAGACUGACGCAGAACGGCUGAGAUAGAAGUAAAUGACUGAAGAGACGCAGCAGAUGCAAGAAUGGAGCCCUGAUCAGUGUUAGAUCAUGAGGCCGCCAUGCCUUGUGAAAUAGUGAGUACUUCAUACAUGCUGAUGCCAGCAUGGAUGACAAGGCGCUCCUUUGGGGCCAUGGCCGCCCGUUGGAUUCCUAACGAAUGCAUCCUUUGUACCAUAUAUUGCAACGCUCAUGUUUUCUCAUUGUGCCAUAUCUGGGACAUUUGUUGUGGCAAAGGAGCGCUGUGGAUCAAUGAAAAGGUGAAAUUGUGUUUGCGCAGCUUUUUCCUGCUCGUGAACAUGUUUCCUGGGUUAUUUUUGACGAAAUCAUUGCCC